UCAAGUCAUUAUUGCUAGUCAUUAGCAAGUUGAGUCGUGAGUUGGAGCUAAAUCAAAUCAAAAACUCAGAUGUAACUCGCAACCAAACUCGAUAAUAAUCAUAAAAAUCAAGAACUCAGGUAUAACUGGCCCCUUAUUUCAGCCGUCAACUUUCAGAAUACAUCCCUUUGGAGUCGAUGUACACCAUCAUCUUGAACUCGGAAGCACCUCCAUUCUCGUCCAAGAUCUGUAGACAGCUACCAUUCACGACUAAUCCAACCAAAAUCCCAAAUAAGAAUUCAACCAUCCAUACCAAACUACUCUCUAUUGCCUGCAAUCAUUAGUUGAUGGAGUUGAUUCCAACUGUAUUCACGGCUGCAAACUUCCCAUACGACCAUCCUUUCUAUUGCUCGACUUCACAAGCACCUUCCAUUUGUCCUCAUGUUUUCUACUCCUCAGAGACAGCUAACACGAGCAACACCACUUCAGCGAAACCCAUUCGAGAUCCACAAAAAAACAACCAAUUAUCUUCUUCACAGUUGUGCAUUAGCGAGACAGGCCAUCUUACUCAUGAUUCUCACUGCGACAAUUUCUCAAACAAAUCAUGCCCUUUUGACACGAACUAACAGUCCAUCCACUUCUCAUUCGACUGAAUCUCAGUCCAUGCACUAACCCCAAUCUCAAUUCCACCCGAACUUCACCAUUUAAUCAAGAGACAAAUCCAUAAACCAAGUCUCUUCUUUGCUCCACCGACAAGACGAUGAAUUGAAACCACGUACUGCACUUCUCUAUAAUUGAAAUUACCCCUUCAUUCUUACUUCAAUCUCUCCUUGCACCGAUUAUAACAGCUCAAUCAUCUCCACCACUCUUGCUGACUCCGAUGCCGCUCCAUAGCCCAUAUAAAUCAAUCCCUUAAUUAACCCCUAAAUUCCACUAUUCAAUCAAUCCCUUAAUUAAUCAUCUAUCUAAACAAUAAAUAUAUACAGGAGAAAAAGAGAAGAAGAAGAAGAGAGAAAGUUAGGAUUUUGGUUCUCCGUCUAAACCUAAGUGAAUAGUGAAUCUAAUAGACAAGAACGAGAUCGGAUUUUCUUUUCUAUGUUUUUUAUGCGAUAUCUCUAAAAAUCGAGGGUAAAUAGACAUAAAAAUGGGAGAAACACCAAGGUUACAGCUCGGGGUAAUUGGUGCUCUAGCACUUUCAGUUACAUCUUCUGUUGCCAUUGUAAUAUGCAACAAAGCUCUAAUGAGUAAUCUUGGAUUUCCGUUCGCUACAACAUUAACUAGUUGGCAUCUAAUGGUUACAUUUUGCACACUUCAUGUGGCACAAAGAUUCAAUGUUUUUGAGACCAAGGUGGUCGACACCAAAACUGUGAUGCUUUUCGGUAUCCUAAAUGGCGUGUCUAUUGGACUUCUCAAUUUAAGUCUUGGAUUCAAUUCCAUUGGAUUCUACCAAAUGACAAAACUUGCAAUUAUACCCUUUACAGUACUGUUGGAAACCCUGUUUCUCAAGAAGCAGUUCAGUCAGAAUAUCAAGUUCUCUCUUUCUCUAUUGCUACUCGGAGUUGGCAUUGCGUCGAUAACAGAUCUCCAGCUUAAUCUUGUCGGAUCAAUUAUCUCUCUACUCGCAAUCGCAACAACAUGUGUCGGCCAAAUUCUGACCAACACCAUACAGAAGAGACUUAAUGUAUCAUCUACACAACUUCUCUAUCAAUCUGCCCCAUUUCAAGCUGGCAUACUCUUUGUUUCCGGCCCUCUAGUUGAUCAAUGCCUCACCAAACAAAAUGUCUUUGCCUACAAAUACUCUCCUUUCGUCUUGGCAUUUAUUAUUCUUUCGUGUGUGAUAUCCGUAUCGGUGAACUUUAGUACAUUUUUGGUGAUUGGAAAGACAUCUCCUGUUACAUAUCAAGUAUUGGGUCAUUUAAAGACAUGCCUUGUUCUUGGAUUCGGCUACACAUUACUACAUGAUCCUUUCACAAACCGAAAUAUCAUCGGUAUUUUCGUCGCUAUGUUUGGGAUGGGGUUGUACUCUUACUUUUGUACUCAUGAAAAUAAAAAGAAACAGAUUAAUGAUCUCUCCAUCUCUCAGAUCAAAGAGACAACACCAUUUUUAGGGAAUAAAAACAUGGGGCACCAAGAUAUGGAAGAGGUGAAAAAACCAAACAAGGAUUCUCUUGUUUAAUAUACGUACCUACUAGCUAGUUAUGUCUAUGUAUCCAUGUGUAUACGGAGGAGUAUAAAACAAACAAGACCUUGCUUACCUCUUUUGAGAUACAUUAUUUUUCCCUUUUUGGAUUCAAAAUGAGUGUAAAUGAUUUGAUAAUUCUUUUAAUAAAGUUCAUAAUUUCUUGGUUCUCCAAAGUAAUUAUUUUGUA